AUGCGCAAUANUUGCGGCGGUAAUUGUGGUAUCGCGAUAUACACUUUCUUUUUAUCUUUGGAAGAUAAAAAAAUCCACGAGACAUUUUUAAAAUUUGUUCCUGUUACUGACCUGAGUGGCCGAAGUUUAGCACAAACAAUUAUUGAUGAACUUACACAAUUAAAAAUGAAUUUGAAAUAUCUUAGAGGUCAAGGAUACGAUGGGGCUGCAGCUAUGAGUAGCAAAUUCAAUGGCGUUCAAGCUUGUAUUAGGGCGUCAUAUCAUAGCGCAAUAUAUGUUCAUUGUAGUGCGCAUAACUUAAACCUAUCUAUAUCAUAUGCUUGUAGUGUUUCCAGUAUCACAAAUGCUAUGGGGACAAUAGAAAGCAUUUAUACAUUUCUCAAUACUCCAAAGCGACAAUUUGAGUUUAUAAAACAUUUAAAUAAAUUUAAGGAAGAUACUUCUUUUUCAAGUCAAAAAGAAAAAUUAAAAAGACUAUGUCCUACUCGAUGGACUGAAAGACACAAUUCAAUAGAUGUAUUUUAUGAUUUUCAACCCGUAAUUAUAUCUUGUUUUGAAGAAAUGAUACUAUAUUCAAAUACUGAAACAUCAUCAAAAGCAGCUCAGUUACUUUCAGCUAUUCAAACAUCGGAAUUCAAUGUAAGUCUUAUUAUUAUUUAUAAAAUAUUUCAAUAUACAAAAAAUCUUUGCACAUAUUUACAAAAACAAAACAUAGAUUUAUUUCAAGCUUUAAAUCAUGUAGAUAUAAUAAUUUCUCAACUCCAAAGUAUAAGAAGUAAUUGUGAUGUAGAAUUUCAUAAGUAUNAACAAUUAAAUGACCGAUUUAUAAACCACAAAACUAUAAUAGCUGGCUUUUAUUUUCUCAUUUCUAAUAAAAAUUAUAAUCAACAAGCUAUCAAAGAUUUAAGUGAGUUUUAUUCUGGUGAUAUUGAUCAAGAAGUUAUUGAAACAGAGGUAAAGUUAUGGCAUACACAUUUGGAAAAACUAAGCAUAAAAAGUGUUCUUGACGCUCUUGAUAACUGCAAUAAAGACCUAUUUCCAAAUGUUUUUAAACUCCUUCAAAUAUUUGCAACAUUGCCUGUCACAUCAUGUGAACCUGAAAGAAGUUUUUCUAUAUUAAAACGAAUAAAAACUUAUCUUAGAAUUUCUAUUGGCCAGUUUAGACUUAAUGGAUUAGCAUCUUUAAAUAUUCAUCGUGAAGUCGAAAUAACAGUAGAAGAAGUAAUACAAAAAUUGUCAUUCGAUCAAAAACGACAAACGGGUUUUAUUUUAUAA